GAGUCAGUAGUAGCAGCGCUCUGUGUGUGUGCACAUCAUAUAGACAACAGUUAAAGCAUGGCUCUGCAGCCUGGCAGCUCCAAACAGCGACCGACACGCAGGAGGAGAAAUUUAUUCUUACUUUCAGAUGACAAACGGGAUUAAAGGAAAUUCUGGAUGAAGCUGAAACCCUGCAGAGGCUCCCAAGGUCACUCAUGGAUGCUCUGACUGGUGUUCGGACUAAAUGUCUGUCGACGGUAAUCGGAGGAGCAGAAGGAGCAUUGAAGCUGUAGACCAAGAACGCCAGCUGUGCUCCUUCAUCUGAGCAGCUGCUUUUGAUGGAUAUGCAGACUCUGGUUUUAAAUGCAACGCAAUAAAACAGAAGAAGCAUGGCGAUGGUUUGGACUCACAGGCCUCAUUUCUCCCUUCAUCUCUGAUUAACAAACAACCGUCAGCAGAAAUGACCAACAACCUGAGCUCCAGGAGCGACGCCCCCACCAACAUCUCCCUGAGCCCCAGCGUCGCUGUCUCCGACUCUCUGGAGUACAAGACGGUGUCGGUAUUCCUGGUCCUGCUGGUCUGUGGCGUCGGGAUUGUGGGGAACAUCAUGGUUGUCGUGGUGGUCCUCACCACCCGCCACAUGAGGACUCCCACCAACUGUUACCUGGUGAGCCUGGCCAUAGCCGACCUGACAGUUCUGGUGGCGGCGGGGCUCCCCAACGUAUCCGACAGCCUGACAGGGACCUGGAUUUAUGGACACGCCGGGUGUCUGGGCAUCACCUACCUGCAGUACCUGGGAAUCAACGUGUCUUCAUGCUCUAUCACGGCUUUCACCGUGGAGAGGUACAUCGCUAUCUGCCAUCCCAUGAAGGCCCAGACCGUGUGCACGGUGUCCCGCGCCAAGCGGAUCAUCGCCGGCGUUUGGAUCUUUACCUGCAUCUACUGCAUGCUGUGGUUCUUCCUGGUGGAUAUUCAGGCGGACCAGGAUGGACACACGCAGUGUGGAUACAAGGUGAAGCGAGAUCUCUACCUACCCAUCUACCUCAUCGACUUCGCCUUCUUUUACGUCAUCCCACUGCUGCUCGCCAUUGUGCUCUACGCCCUGAUAGCACGCGUCCUCUACCUCAGCCCUCUGCCCACCGACACCAGCGCCACCACGCUACGCAGGAGCGGCCAGGACCCCUCAGAGGCGGCUAGGACAGGUCGCCAAGGUCGACCCAGGAGCGCCGUCUCCUCCAGGAAACAGGUGACAAAGAUGCUCGCCGUGGUGGUGAUCAUCUUCGCCCUGUUGUGGAUGCCCUAUCGGACUUUGGUUCUGAUCAACUCCUUUGUGUCAACACCCUACCUGGAUGCCUGGUUCAUUCUGUUUUGUCGGACUUGCAUCUACGCCAACAGCGCCAUCAACCCGGUGAUUUACAACGCCAUGUCCCAGAAGUUCCGUUCAGCAUUCCGCGGCCUCUACAGCUGCCAGCGGACGGAGCUGAAUCAGCGGACGCUGUCCGGCUUUGGUACCAUCCGAGACCCACGACCCGCCCAGCAGCAGAGCAACGGGACAGAUGAGAAGGAAAGAAGACACAUCUUGGGAAGUUCCUCUGACCUGACAAAGCACAAUGGCAACGGACAUCAGGAGAGGGUGACGGUUAACGGUGUGACCGCUGACCGUCGUACCGACAUCGGGUCUGCAGAUGUCAGCACCAGAGGAGGUCCAGGUGAGACGGUGUUGGCUCGGGAUGAGGACUCAGGUCGGUCCAAGAGGAAUAACUCUGCAGAUGGAGGAAAUGAUUUGCAGGAAGCAGUGUGAAUAUUUCCUCAUGCACCCAAUUUCACGUAAAACAUUUAGAAAUUUUAAAAAAAAUAAUUCUGCACUGAGGAGAAAAAUAAAGAUUUAAAUUCCUUCCUAAAUGUUCAGCAGCUGCAUUCAUUUAUUUAGGUUUAGAGAAAAAGUUUCUAAAAGCAGGAGUUUGUCCUGUUAUUAUCCUCCAGAUCAGAUUGCCUAGAAGAUCUCAUCACGGGGAAUGAUGUGGAAAAACGGGAAAACGACGGGUAUGGAAUUCCUUUGUGUGAAUUUCCAUUGUUCAGUUCGUUUUUUUUUUAACA